GAUUACAGGAGUGCAGACGUGUACGCGAAGUGAUUAAAUCUUAUUUCUCGCUCUUGUUUUAUUCAUCGGAUCGCGUUGACUUGUGUUUAUUAGAAUAGCGGGACUUUAUCAGAGCAAUGGCCACCAUUGAGGAGCUAAAGUUGCGAAUCCGUGAGUUAGAAAAUGAAUUAAUAAAGUCAAAGCAGAAGCAAAGUGAUGCGGAACAUCAUCUAAGACAAAAGAUUGAUAAAAUGAGUGCUGAAGUGGUAGACUCAAAUCCAUACAGUCGUCUGAUGGCACUGAAAAGGAUGGGCAUAGUGCAGGACUAUGAGAAAAUCCGCUCGUAUGCUGUGGCAGUGGUGGGAGUUGGAGGGGUGGGGAGUGUCACUGCAGAAAUGCUCACCAGAUGUGGCAUUGGUAAGUUGCUGCUGUUUGACUAUGAUAAGGUGGAGCUGGCCAACAUGAACCGCCUCUUCUUCCAGCCACAUCAGGCAGGACUCAGUAAAGUGGAGGCUGCCGAACACACACUUAGAAACAUUAAUCCGGAUGUUGCGUUCGAGACCCACAAUUACAACAUCACCACAAUGGACAACUUUACACAUUUCAUGGACCGUAUAAGUCAUGGUGGUCUUGAGGAGGAGAAGCCUGUAGAUUUGGUGUUAAGUUGUGUUGAUAACUUUGAGGCUCGGAUGGCCAUUAACACAGCUUGUAAUGAAUUGGGUCAGAUCUGGAUGGAGUCGGGUGUCAGUGAGAAUGCUGUGUCUGGACAUAUCCAGUUCAUCAUACCUGGAGAAACCGCCUGUUUUGCUUGUGCUCCUCCCCUUGUAGUGGCUGCAAACAUCGAUGAGAAGACAUUGAAGAAAGAGGGGGUGUGUGCCGCCAGCCUGCCCACCACAAUGGGAGUAGUCGCUGGACUUCUUGUACAGAAUGUCCUCAAGUAUCUGUUGGGAUUCGGGACAGUGAGUUAUUACCUGGGCUAUAAUGCCAUGCAAGAUUUCUUUCCUAGUAUGACAAUGAAGGCCAACCCACAGUGUGAUGAUAGACACUGUAGACGACAACAAGUGGAGUACAAGAAAAAAGAGGCAGAGCGGCCAAAGCAGGAAGUAGUACAUGUAGAAGAGGAAGUGGUGCAUGAGGACAAUGAAUGGGGCAUUGAACUGGUGUCAGAGGUCUCAGAGGCGGAGCUUCAGGCUGCAUCAGGACCAGUACCAGAUCUCCCAGAGGGCAUUACUGUAGCUUACACCAUACCUGAGAAAGAUGGAGAAUCAGGGGAGACAGUAGAGGAGACUGACCAGAGUCUAGAUGAGCUGAUGGCUCAGAUGAGAAAGAUGUAGGGAAAGGAACUACAUAUAUUGCCCUUUGGGAUUAAAAAAAAAAAAAACUGAUUCUGCAGAUGACUGAUCAUUUAGACUUCCAAAAACAAACUGAUUAUUAAUUAUUUUAUACAUGUAAUAUCUACAGUCUUUAACAAAAUUCUUUCACCAAUUUUAUUUAUUUUGUCUUUCCACAACAACCCGAAAUGUCCUUAAGAACACAGAUUUACUGUGACUACUGGAGUCUUAAAGGAAUAUUUCAGGUUCAGUACAAGUUAAGCUCAAUCGAUAGCAUUUGUGGCAUAAUGUUGAUUACCACAAAAAAAAUAAUUUUUACUUGCCCCUCAAAUCAAGGUUACAAUGAGGCACUUACAAUAGAAGUGAAUGGGGCCCGUCCAUUUACAUUAACACACUAUUUAAAAACUAUAGUCAGAAAACGUAAACACAAAACAGUCUACUUGUUUUGUGGUAAUCAAUAUUAUGCCACAGAUGUUGUCGAUUGAGCUUAACUUGUAUUAAACCCGGAAUAUUCCUUUUUAAUUUUGAAUUCUCAAUAUAUUUUUAAUAUUUCAUUAUUUUUUGCAGUAAGUUGUGCAUUAAGCUCAUUGGCAUUGACUGAUGAAUUUAAGGUGAUAUUUUAAAUACAUUGUGGUUAGUGUUUAUGUGGAGGAAAUGAUGUCCUCAGCCACAUCUAAAUAUGUUGAUAUAUUUAAAUAUACUGAAGUGACUAAAAGACAUGCAGGCAUAUUACAAAGAACGUCACACAAAUUAUUUCAUAGUCUUGACAGACAUUUCAUUUGUGACCUGAUUUUAACUGCUGUUUUAAAUAAUGCAAAAGAAAAAUAAAUGUAUUAUUACUACAUUCCAUUUUGCUUUUCCUGUGUUUGAAAUGGACAGGUAGCUUGAUAAUGUAACAUGACUGUAGCGCUUGGUUCCUUUUUUGAUGGUUCUGGAAACCUUUUAAAC